AAACGCAGACUUAGAACAUGGGAACGAAUAGGAAAAUGGAAUAUUCGUGAUAUUGAAAAAAGGUUGACAUUUAAAAUACUUUCGUACAAUGUUCGGGCGCAAUAUUUAGUCGAGGCAGAAAAGUUUCCGUGGGAUGUAAUAGCGCAACGUUUAUUUGAUCAGAUCGUCACUUUAGAUCCUGACAUUUUCUGCCUCCAAGAAGUUCAAGAAACACAUAUUGCAAGUAUCUAUUCAAAGUUUGAAGUUAUGGGCUACAGUUGUCUGUAUAAAAAAAGAACUGGUAACGAAGACGAUGGCUGCGCGAUUUACUUUAAAAAUUCAGUUUUUCAUAUGGAGGAUCAUAUUUUUGUGGAAUUUAAUCAUGCGUUUUUUACAAUUUUAUGCCGACACGAGGUCGGGCUGGCAGUACGUCUGGUAUUACGCGACGCGCGCGCUUCCGCCUUGCCGCUUAUCGUCGCCACGACGCGUCUCUGCAUCAGCUUCAGGAGCGACUACGUGCGCCUCGCGCAGUUACAGAUAUUUCUCGCACACUUGGAACGUUUUGCUAACAAUGGUCAUCUACAAGGAUACCAUCCAAUAAUACUAACUGGUUGCAUGGGCGCACAGCACAACUCCUCUGUCAUCCAGUUCAUCACUAAUGGUCACGUUUCCGUCAGUAAAACUAAGAUAAAUGGAACUGAAAUGCAAAAUUUUCACCCUGAAAAUCCGCCACGAAUGGAGGGGCCUUUGAACGCAUGGGACAAAUGUUUACCAUAUUUCAGUGAAUUAGAACAUCCUUUCAGCUUUCACUCCGUCUAUGCUCACCGCAAAAAAAAUGGCAGCCGCGAGGUAACCACGUUAUUCUUCGCAAAUUGGAAAAACUUUGACUAUAUAUUCUUCAGUCACGACAGCAGGCUAAGGUUGUUGGCACGUUACCGGCUGCCUACGGAAGCGGAGUGCAGGCAGCUGUUCCAACCUCUUUCUGUCCCUAGUCUCAAACUACCUUCUAGCCACUUCUAUCUCGCCGCAAUUUUCGAGUUUGGCUCUUCUUCAAACUAAAUCGGCGUUCUAAAAGAAAUAAGCUCUGUAUAAUUCUUAUCGUACAAUGAUCCCAGGUUACUUAAGGACCGUAUGUCUCGGAGUCCUUAUGUUUCAGUAUAUAUUUAAUACAAGUUUAACUCUAAUUAAAACAAUACUUUCUUGUUGUGUGUGCAAACUACAUCAUCAUCAUCAACCUGCCCCGUUACAGAGGCUCGACACUGUAUGUACUACUCCUCCAUAAAUCUCUAUCAGCCACAUCUAAAACUUCCUUCCUACUCUUUUACACAAUCCAUCCAUACUUUCUUUGUGAUGCAAACUACUAAUUACAAUUCCUAUCGCCAGUUCAACUUGAA